AUGUCAGACAGAACGGAUCGGCCGUUGUCAACACAGCAGGAGGACGUGCAGAGAAGGAAUACUAUACACAAUACUCUACACCAGGAGUCUUCACCACAAGAAUUGGCCCUGAUUCAUCCUGCUUCGGCGCCUACAUCAUGGUUUCGCGGCUGGGGACCAUCAAUAGCGAUCGCAGCAAUCGCCAUAUUAAGUGUCCCAAUGACCGGAAUAGGAUACUUCUUCCGGCCAUCGAUAGAUCCGAAGAACUACCACGCACGAGCAGAAAACAUCUUGAAGUCGACACCUCUCAUUGAUGGGCACAAUGACUUGCCGCACCUCAUUCAGGUUGAGUUGUAUGGCAAGAUGACUGAUGGAACUUUCAAUUUCAACGAUCGUCUACUGGGUCAUACAGAUAUUCAGAGGAUGAGGAAGGGGCAGAUGGGUGGGCAGUUCUGGAGUGUUUUUGUGGAGUGCGCAGCGGUUGAGAACAUUGAUGACCCGACGUGGGUUGUUCGAGAUACAUUAGAACAAAUUGACAUUGCACGAAGAUUUAUCUCGGAAUACCCAAGUGUGUUUGAGUACUGUGCCGAUGCCAGAUGCGCGAGGGAUGCAUUCAAGAAAGGGCGUAUUGCAAGUAUGAUUGGUAUAGAAGGGGGUCAUCAAGUUGGAAAUUCUCUUGGUGCUUUACGACAAAUGUAUGAUCUUGGAGCGAGAUACGUCACUACAACCCAUAAUUGCGAUAAUGCAUUUGGAACAGCUGCUUCCACAGUUGCUGGUGGUGGUCAGGACAAGGGCUUGACAAAAUUUGGCCAUGAAUAUGUUGCAGAAAUGAAUCGACUUGGAAUGAUGAUCGACCUAUCCCACGUCUCGCACCAAACAAUGCGUGACAUCCUCUCCAUCACCCGCGCGCCAGUCAUCUUCUCCCAUUCGGGCGCAUAUUCCGUUCAGAAACACCUUCGCCACGUACCUGACGACGUUCUACGCAGCAUCAAAAAGAAUGGUGGCAUUGUGAUGGCAACUUUCGUGACUAGAUUUCUGAAUAUGAAAAAUCCGGAGGAAGCAACUAUACAUGAUGUGGUAGAUCAUAUUUUUCACAUCGCUGAGAUUGCCGGUUGGGACUGCGUUGGAGUUGGUUCAGAUUUUAGUGGGACGCCUGCUGUGCCUAUUGGUCUCGAGGAUGUAUCAAAAUAUCCUGACCUGGUGGCAUUGCUGCUGCAGCGCGGGGCGACCGAAGAACAAGUUCGUCUAUUCGCAGGUGACAACUUACUUCGUGUAUGGUCCAAUAUUGAACUUGCUGGCAAGAGGCUGCAAAGCGUAGGCCAGAAAGCAAAUGAGGCUGUGUGGGAAGAGAGAUUGGAAACUUGGCCAAUAGGCUUUCCGAAUUCCCCUUUCAUGUACCGAAAAUCAAGAGACAGAACAAGAGGUCUGAAGAGUACUCCGCAUUAUUUCAAUGUGGACGCAAAGGAAGGUGUCCAUAAACCUGAUAAUAUUAGAAAGGAAUAA